AUGGCGUCCGCUUUGGUGGAAAGCCCAUCUGAACUAAAUCAACUUUUUAGGGACAUAUCCUCGAAGUUUUCUCCAGCUGAAUCUGAGGAUGUCGUGAAGUCUUCAAAACGAAUUUAUGGAGAGCAAUUUAAAUCGCUGGGAAAUCAAGAUUUGUUGUCAUGUUUGGAUCGUUUGUGUAAGUUCGGUUAUGUCUCGAGUAAAAAACUGACUCUAAUCAAGGAGUUCAUUGCUACAAGAUCAAACAAUGAGCAUGACAUUAACAAAAGAGUUGAAGACUUUGAGACCUCUCACCCAUCACAGCCUGAGCCGCAAAAGGAAUUGCACGAAAGAAUUGAGGAGUUCAAGGAGAUUACGGAAAAACUUAAAAUGAAGCCUUUUGUUGUUAAUUUGUAUGGAUCCGCUGGAGUGGGAAAGACAACUCUUGCUAGGAACAUUUGUGAUAAAUGGGCUGGUGAGAAGUAUGUCUUUGAUUUAAGAGAAGCUAAAGAUAUGACGGCGGUUUAUCUGAACAUCAUGGGUAUACUUGACCUAAACAUCCAAGACGUUCGUUUAGAUAUGGGUACUGUUGUUGGAAGAAUUCAUGGCCUGUUGAAAGUGAGAAGCAAAGGUCCUCCUAUUCUUUUACUUCUCGACAAUGUGGAUCAUUUCACUGAAGGAAAGGGAAAGGAGGGCAAGAACGUAAAAACACAGUUUUUAUACUUCCUGGGAAAGCUGUCAAAGGUUGAUGACGAGAAAGGUUCAUUAAAUGUGCUUCUGACUUCAAGGACUCAGCUGAAUGAUUCAGAGAAGGUGUCUGAUUUUAAGUUGCAACCUCUUACAAAUAAUUUUUCAGAGAAAAUCUUGCUACCUACGGAAACAUUUCAUGUUGAGGCACAGCAGAAGAAACAGCUUCUUGACAUCUGCAAAGGAGUCCCAUUGCUGUUGAAAGGAAUAUCUGCAAUUUUGAAACAAAGGAGAAAAUCUCCCAGUGAUCUGAUUGAUGGGAUAGAAAUGAACUCUAAAGAGGAAGCUGGAGUUCCUGUGAAAUCAAAAUAUGAAGAGGGUACAGGAGAAAAACCUUUUAAUUCUGAAGAAGAAGGCAUCGAUGAUGAGCAAAUGUCAGUGAUAAGAGAAAUGUUUGAUACCCUGCCAUCUGACAUUUUGAAGGUUUCUGCUGUAUCAGUAUCCUUGUUUCAUGGGCCCUUCACUGCUUCCACUGCUGCCAAAAUUCUUGGUGUUAGCAUGUCAGAAGCAGUGGCACAGCUUGAAGGACUAGUAACCAAUGAAAUUAUUCACGUAGUUGACGAAGAUGCCAAGCAGUUGAUGUAUGACAUUCAUCCACUUUUAAGAAAGUAUGCAGACAGCAUUCAAAAUGAUGCCAUGUUCUAUGAAUCCUACACUGAAGCAAAGGGUCGAUUUUAUGAGCACUUUAUGUCAAAGAUGAAACGAAUUGCUGGAUUAAUAGAGGCGAGCUACAUCAGAGCAUUCAAUGAGUUUAAAAGAGAUCGUCCAAACUUUGAGUUUGCAAUUGACCUUGCCUUGUUACCAGAGUACUUUACUGUUCCGGGUGGAUACCAUGAAUGUGCAUUGAUUGUUUCCCUUUUUAAUGCCAUGUGGCCUGGAAAGAAGCAGACUAAGCUGUUCAAUUCCUGGGCAGAGAUGUGCAAAGAUGAUGGGAACUUAGGUAUGUUUUUUCUUUUCAGUAUUUUGUUACAAGGAAAUGACCAAAAUCUCUGCAUGACUUUUUACCCAGGUGUCAAAUUGGUUUCUAGCUAUUUAUUUUCAUCCCAGAUACUGCACUACAAAAUUUCAGAAUUCUUUCAUUGAAGCAAAUGCUGUUGCCACCCAUUUAUUUAAACAAAGUGGACUUUUCCAAUGCAUGCUAACACCACAAGUACUACUGCCAUAACCACACUUUUACCAAUACUACUUCCACCACCACUACCACUACCCAGAAUUUUCCCUAAAUUUUAGCUGAGCAAGUAAGGGACCAUCCAUGGCCAGUAAAGCAAAAAAUAUGCACCAGAGGCCCACUUUGCUGGUGGGUAGGGGGGUAGUGGAAUGAGGGACAUGGCCCCCCUUGCUGGGAAAUUUAGGAGCUAAGUUCAGUCUGUAAUGUCAUUCCCUCAUUUUAAGACCUAUUUUAUGCAAAUCAGCCAUUGUUAUCUUUAGAUAACAAUUUAAAACAUGCAUUUGAUUCCAAUAAUUUUACUCUGUCUUCAAUGAUCUCUUUCUAAAUGUAUGGCCCAUGAUAAAAAGAAAAGGUGUGUAUAUAUACAUGUACUUUAUUACUUUUCCAUAUAUAUUUAUUGAUUUUUCUUGUGAGAAUGUGAUCGGAUCAUAACCUUUGUUUUGUAAAAUCUACUAAACCUUCAAGCAGUUGCAGAUGGUUAGAACUGUUGCUUCAGAUAGUAAAUUUUUACUGUUUACCACCUCAUAAGGAGAACAGUGACUACCACUACCGCCACCACCACCUCCACCACGACCACUUGCUUUGAAAUUAAUUUUAGAAAUCAACAUUAGCUUUUGUUAUACUGUAAAAUGUAAUGGUCAUACAAAUGAAGCAUUCUAUUACUACCACUAUACCACUACCACUACCACUACCACUACUACUUCCACUUCCACCACCACUACUAGCUCCACUACCACCACCACCACUGCUACCAAUUUCACAACCACCACUACUGCUACCACCACCACUACCAAUACAACAACCACUACUUCUACCACCACCGCCACCUCUACCAUUACCAUGACCACUACUACCAAAACUACUACUUCCUUUACUACUAUUACUACAACUGUUGCUACCACCACCACCAUUACCAGUACAUGUACCAUCACCAAUACUACUACUACUACUACUACCACCACCACCACCAGCAGCAGCACCAUAACCACUGCCACUGCCACUAUUGCACCAGAGUACCACAGCCAUCACCACUACUACUUUUGCCACCACUAUGAAUUACAUGUAGCACUCUUAGUAUUACCACCACUGCCACAAUCACUUGCACUGCUACUGCUACUGUCCCUGCUGCUAUCACCACAGUGCAACACAGCCUUCAAAUUAACACUGCCAUUUUUUCUAGCACUCUGACAACUAUAGGUAUAUUUACAAAGAGAAUCAAAUAGACUCAGCGUGUGAAAGUUUACAAUUGUUGCAAAUGUAAAGUGCCCUCUUUUUGCAGGUUCUUUAUUUCGCUCUCAGUUACGAUGUUGGGAAGCAAGGCUGGUCUCCGAAGGUCAGGGUGCUCAUAAAGCCUUUGAAGUAUUGGCGAAGGCAUCCACGUCAUUAAAACAAGUUGAUGACAAAUCUACCGAAUCUUUCAAGCUGACCCAAGGGCUCUACUUGUAUUUUGAGGGAGAAAUCUAUUACCAAAACAGAGACUACCACAAAGCGAUUGAAUGCUUAGAGUCCUCCUUAGACCUCACCGAGGGUCCGUUAAAACUUGACACCAAUGUUGCCAGGUGUUACAACGCUCUAGGGAAUUGUUAUUACGGACUUGACAGACCGGAGAAAGCCCUCGAGUUUUACAGCAAGGCACUGAAAAUGCGAGAAGAAUUAUCCGGCUCUGAUUAUCAUUACGACAUGCCAGUUUACAAGAAUCAGAUUGGCACAGUUCAUGAGCACAAAGGAGAGUAUGAAGAGGCAGUGAAAUGCUACAAAGAUGCUCUCGAACUUUUAGAAAAGCUCAAAUGUUUGGGAUAUGAAGAUGAAGCACUGUUUCGUAGAAAUCUCGCCAAUGUUUACGUUCGCCAAGAAAAGUACAAAGAAGCCGGAGAGGAGGCAAAGAAGGCGGUUAAAAUCAGACUUAAAAUUCUUGGAAAUCACCCGGAUACCGUGCGGAGCAUUUUUCAACAGGGACUUAUUCAAGCAAACUUAAAGGCUUAUGACAAAGCCUUGGACUUUUUCUUAGAAGCUUGGGAAAUGGAGAAAUUAUUGGGUGCUGGGAACCACAGUGCGGUUUGGAGGCUUAUUAUUAAAGACGUCUUUGAUAUGCAUGAAUUCUUAGAGAAGAAAGGCGCCGAAAAAGAAAAAGAAGAGUUUAGGCAAGACGCUUUGGCGUUUUGUGAGCGUUUCUGGAAAGAAGAGAAAGACAAAGAGAAAGAGAAAGCUUCUCCACAAUUUAACUUUACUCCUUACAAUAAGGAGAUUAUUGACGCCAUACUAUUUCUACUGAAGAAAAGAACCAGUAAGUUUGGAAUGACAGAUAAGAAAGAAAAAGCUCUCACAGACAAAUACGAAAAAGAAGCUCUUUGGUUCUAUGAUGGAAUGCAAGGAAUUACUGAGCAAAGCUUUAACAAUGAAUUUGACGGGGCAACAGACAACAAAGUGCUUAAUGAACUGCUGAGAGAGAGAACUGCCUUCUUGGACAAGUUAAUUGAAUUCUCUAGUCGACACGAUGAGCAUGAAAAACUUCGUAAGCACAAACAGGGGAAGAUGAAACUGUUUAAGAAAGUCCUUCUCAGGUCUGACUUUGUUGGCGCGAAGACACAGGACAAAUCAACGCUGAGGAAAGCCGUAGAAAAUUUGUAUGAAGACUUCGGAGAGAAAGGGAGUAUUAAAGGUUUUCGAGAAAACCUCUUGACAACCUGGCAAAGGCAGUGGGAAGAAGGAAAAGACAAAGAGGAGCCAAGAGAAAAGUUGUUGACGAGUUGGAGAAUAAUCAACGGAAUACUACAGCUAUGCCAAGAACUUGAAAUGAAAGAUCUUUGUAAGAGAUACGGAAAAGAAGCUUUGAGCUUUGGUGAUAGAUUGUUAGAAAUUCGGCGCAGUGAGAUGAAGAAUGUUGAGAUAAAAAGAUUGCUGAAUGAACUGAAAGAGGUGGCCACGUGGAUUGGAGAUCGUAAAAGAAAGAAUGAAUACCGCGAUGCCUUACAGGUAAGAAUGUUUAGUAAUGCAACAAGUAUUAGUGUUUUCUCGAUGAACUUGCACCUCUUGCCGAUCCAGUGUUAAGGUUUUACCCCAUUUUUGUUUAGAAUAAAUCAUAUAUGUUUUGUACUUGGCCGUAGGUCUUGGAGGCCGUCGAGAUGAACAUCCCCACUUGACUUUUUCUUUGAUAGAGAGGUACCUCGAGACCUAUUGUAACACCAUCAUUGUUCUGGUAGGAUAUUGAAAGGCAAAAUUGGAAAGUUUCUGAAAAAAUUGCAUUGUGACACUUCUGACAAAAAGGAGGUCAGAAACAUUCAGCUUAGAAAGUGGUGAAAGCGACAACAAAAGUCAAGCGCCCGUUUGCUAUUUGAAAUAAGUCUGUCAUGUUGUUAUAAGGCCGUAUGCUUCAUAACUCGAUAUUUAUCUGUUUUGCUUGACGUACUUUUGCUAGGUUUUGAAGAAGGAAAAGGAAGCAGGUCCCGGGCUAAUUCAAAAAGGUAGCGUUUGUCAUAUUUUUCCUUUAAAAAAAAUACAAGAGACAUGGGCAAAAAUGGUCUGUAUCAGAGAAGUUGUCUUGCUUGCUUAACCUGUAAAUGUUGUUCUUUUUUGAGGUUCGUUAUGUAGUUGUCGUCGUGUUACUGUUUAAUUAAGCUCAGCUGAUCUUUUCGUUUUGAUAUUCGUAGACGAUUUUUGUUUAUAUCUGAACCAGGUAUUUAAUGGUACUCCCAUAAUUUUAUUAAUUAUAAUUAUUUCCCAUAGUUAAGGCCUUUCUUUAUCCUAGUCAUUCAAGCGUUGACCCCGCAAGUCCUUAGAGCAGAAAAAAAACCUUCACCCGAACAAACCCCUAAGAGUGGUAGUGAAGAGGAAGAGGAAUUUGAAGCUGAUGAAGACAUUGAAGCGAUAUCUUCAGGAGCCACUCAGGUAGAAGAAUCUGAGGCAGUGGCCACAGAAGUGCCAGGGGAAGUUUUGGAGGUAGUGUCUGAAGAAGAGGUUGAAGUUGGGUCUGAGGGCGACACUGAAGUAGAAGGUGGUUAUGUAGCUGUAUUCGAGUAAGUAUCAUUUUUGUACUCAACAAUUUAUUCUUCGAGUCGACAAUAAUUAUUUAAACGUAUUUUUCCCUUCAUAUCAAGGUGAGAGAAUUGAACAUGAUUACUAACCGCACGGUCACACUGCCUCCCUUAAAAAUGGCCUUCAUUGUCGUUAUGAGAAAAAAAGGUAAAGAAAGAAAGAAAGAAAAGAGGACGCACACUCACCAGCCGCUAGCAGGUGCAGUCGAAACUCCCACAACGGCCACCUUGGGGACAGAAGAACGUGGCAGUUGUGGAGAGGUGGCCGUUAUGGGAUGAAAAAUUUAUUUUAGACAGUAUUGUGCUACGUUCCUGCGUACUUUAUCCCAUAACGGUAAUCCAAUCAUAUAUAAUAUACAGAGAUAGAAUACACAAAAAACUUCAAUAAUGUUUUGAAUCAAAAUUUUAACGCGACAACCAAUCGACAAGGUUCCCAACAUUUGCUAAAAGUAUCGUAGACCAUUAAUAUUUAUGCUUACUGCAGCAGUAAAAAUGGAACACAAUCAAAAUACAAUCGCCGCGAUUAAUCAUGCAACGCGCCAUAGGGAUCAAAUUUCAUAAUCAUUCUGGACUUUUUUAUCAGUCGCUGAAAAAACUGGACUUUGUCGAGAGAUUAUCUUGGCAGUUGGAGACAGGCUUUAGUGGCCAUUGCCGUUAUAGGGAGGUUUAAACAAGGUAUGUACUGUAGGUACUGUCCACCGGAACAAAAAAGUGACCGUUAGUGGAUGUUAGACUGUGUCAUGAAGUCUCUAAACGUCGUAAUCUAGACUAUAAGGUACAUGGGCCCCGGUCACUAUUUAGUGUCCUGUCCAUUCAGUUUUUUUUCUAAUAGACGACGUAUUGAAACCAACCAACUACUGACACUCUAAUUGAUUGCAGAGGAACAGUAUCAAGUGAAGGUACUAACUGGCCAUGGGCCGUUAAACAAGAGGGUGUUCUCGUGAUGUUUCUUCCCGAUGCUGUGUCUGAGCCUACGCCAUUAGUGGUCCACAGGUGGAAAUACAGUGCCUGUUCACCCCCUUUGCAGGAGCAUGAGGCCAUUACUAGUAAUGUUAUUGAACUAUCUUCUAUCAGUGGCCAAGGUCAGAAAUUUAACACCAAGGUAAAGUUGUCGCUAUCUCACAGUGCGCCGGACCUACUUGGCUAUGAGCUGGUGAUAAAAAGGCUGAUUGACAAGGAGAAUAAUGAAUGGGAAGAUCUGGAUGGAACCAGGAACGUGCGGUGUCGACAAGGUGUAGAAAAUUAUUCCAUAUACAGUUGACUAGCUGAAACUAGAACCGGUAACUCGAAACUCGUGCUAACUCGAACCCAAAAGUGAAGAAUUCCCUGGAUUGACUCCAUACUUCUCGCUGUAAUUUUUUCUGAAUAACUCGAACUCUUGCUACUUUUAACCUCUCGGUAACUUGAAGUCAGUUUCCUCCUUCGCAUUCAUCAACAGACACACUGCGCUAAUAAACAUAAGCGGAAAAGAAAAAAAAAGCACAUUGCGAGAAAGAAAGACGCACUAAUUUCCCAUUUUUCCUUCAUUUUUCCUAUCUCUCGAAAACUCGAACCUUGCACGAUUUUUCUUAAGGGAAACUGUAGCAGAUUGUUAUGUCGAUCAUUGAUUUAUCUUUCACAGACCUUAUUUUAGUGAGAUCGAUGAGGUCUACGCAUCUACAAUGCUGUGUCGCAUAAAUUGGCCCUUUUCCCUUUGAGAGAUAGGGAUUUAGUAUUGUGGAUUUCCUCUUUCAACCUGAAGGUCUAAUUAGUUUCCUGAGCGGGAAGAGAGAGAGAGGCGGGGGGGAGGAGAUGGGGAGACACCAAAGUUGUAUUUUAAUUAGUAUCUGAUUCUUAUUACAGAGAUCGAGGAUGUUUAUCCUUCUCACAUAGAAAUACCGAGCGUAUAUUUUCCGCUUGCCCAGGCUGACAUAACUGAGUGCUCAACGUACACCGUAGUUUGUCGUCUCAAGGCUUCUCCAACUUACACCAUCACAUCCAAAGGCGGUUCAUUCAGCCAUCCUGACUAUCCAGGCGUGACAGUUACAAUCCCUGAGAAUGCUGUUGCUUCUAACGCGAAAUGUCCUUUGGAGUUAAAGGUUCGUUUCAUCUUGUACUUCCGUUUUACUGUAGCGGAGUUGCAAAGCUGUGCUGAAGCAUGAAUAUGAGGGCCAAACUAGCGACAAAUUUUAGAAGUUAACUGACUUCUUGAGGAGGAAAACCUAGGGUCUGGCGGCUCGAUGAGCUAACUGACUGGCCGAUUAAUGCUCGUUUGGUGAGAUCUUUGUCGCUUGAGUUGUUCGGUCGUCUUAGUCCCACGUCAAUUCUGGGCUUUGAAAAAAAAUUAGUUAAAUUUACAGCUAGUGAUUAUUGUUUCUAACGGUACAGGUACAAGAAGUUCCCAAUAAAGAAUUUGUAAGGGAAGAUGUAUUUCUUGGUCCUGUACUGCGAGUCAACUGCUUUGAAGCUGUUCAGUUCUUGAAACCUGUCAUCAUUCAAUUACCAAUUUGUCUUCGAGGGCAACAAGCCUUUAAUCAAGAACCCACAACUUGUCGCGUCAGAGUAUUGUUCCGCAAUUCUGAUGAUGAACAGAAAGAAUGGAUUGAUGUCACUGAUGAUCUUGUAAAACCUCCAAGUUUUGAUGGAGAUUUCGUAAACAUCUACGUGGAGCGAUUCUCAUGGUAAGACUAAGGAAGAAGGUAGAUAAAUGGUUUGUUGGACUACUUCAGUAAAUAACUCACUGUAGGCAUUUUAAUCUAUCAUCCCUGUCAUUGAAUUUACGAAUUAUUACUUUGCCAGAAGAGAAAAUUUAAAGGCAUUAAAAUAAAUUGUUUGCGUUCCUUUGAUAAACUCGAUGGUUUUAAUUCGCUUUAAAGUAUGUAAGUGACCUGAGAGAAAAUGUUUAAACUGCCAUGCUUUUUUUUUGUUUUUCUGUGGUGGCUACUAAACACUUUUACUCGAGAAUAUAGUUCCAAGUCUUUCCGUCAUGCACAGGAACCUUAUGCUACGUGGCUCAGUUUUUCAACAUUGACUGGACCUAUAUUACGUAGGUAUAUUAUAUUAUACGACGGUGACGGCUACGAAAACGUCUCGUUAAAAUUCGUUAAAUUCUAAAAGACGGCUGUAUGAAAGUUCAAGGAAAGGAAGUCGUUGUGUUGUGUUCACGUCCUCCACAAAACGUGAAAUUAGGCAGUAACGGCAAAGAAUUGUCCAAAAAAAGCGUUAUGCACGCGCAAAGCUUUUGUUUUGCUAAUUCAAACCUCUUCAGUGCUUAUUUUUGACUUUCUCGUUACUCUCGCCGUCUUCGUUGCUUAACUGAGCUCCCUAUUAUAGCGGUUGGCGACUGGGGCGCGGCAUUCUCUUCUGUCAUUUCAAGAAUCCUUAUCAACACAGUGCCACUAACCUUUUUUAUUAUUAUUUUAGGUAUUUCCCUUUUCUGGUUCUGAGAAAAGCAUACUCCAGCAUUGCUGAACUGACACUUCGAAUUUUUUACCAGCCCAAACAAGCAGACUUCGUCGCUUACUUUCGUCAGGAUUUUCCAGACAUUUUGUGCCUUAUUUGCUGCCCUUCUCACCUAACAGGAAAAGUGAUAGGCGAUCUUGAAGAAAAAGAAAUAACGCCUAUUUACGGAAGUUCAGACAUAGACAUGAUUCCUGGGCAUGACAGAGCAUUCGUACAUGUAUCAGAGGGAAUAAGCCCAUUUAGUGAGGAAGAUAUGAAGGAUCUUUAUCUCAUGUAAGUCUAUAUAAAAACCACAUUGCGUGCAACACAUAAAACACAAAUCAAAUUUUUAAACAUCUCCUAACUUUCACAAAGCCGUCAUUCCGCGGACUAUGUUAAGGGAAGCACUUAAAAGUCGCUCAUUUAUACAUUACUUAAUCAAAAACCGUUCUCUGCAUAUCUUGUUGGAUGCCAAAAAAACCUAAAAUUGUCGUCUUAAAUUCAUCCAAUCCGGGGAACUGUAGCCCUGGGAACAUCGACUUGCUGUCAACGGAAGGUUAACCUUUUGAAAGGAAAGGUUUAUUGCAGCACAUGAACUGUCAGCAUUAGCGAGGUUAACCUUCUGUGAGAGUCUGUUGAUUAGGCAAGAAACAAGUGUCCGUUGUCCGCAUUAAAUGGGUUGAAUGUAGAGAAAAUGUAAAGGAUUUCUUUCCCCAGGGACAAAGCAAACUGUCCGUAAUAAUGAGGUGUCUGUAUUAAGCGGGUGUCCGUAAAGUGGGGUUCGAAGAAAACAUGAAGAUGUAUUGUAUGAGGCUUUUUUUUCCGGAGGUGGGGGGGGGUACUCCCUCUUAUGGCCUAGUCGGGGAUGUGCCGCUAAACAGGGUAUGGUUAUUGACCUUCUUGUCCCAAAGGGUGUAUUAUUUCGUUUUACCUGCAAGAUUGAUUUAAUUUGCUAGAUGAAUUUUCGUUCUGGCGCGCAUUUUUUCCUUUGUUGGGGUAAUAAAAUUGAGGGUGUUGUCCUGCUGCAGGGUAUGUAUUUUAGCAAUUUUUUUUCCUAACCAGGGUCAGGGUUUCAAACUCUCAGUGACUCACCUAUACCCAAAUAUUGGUCAAGUACCCCCACCCGGUCUUUUUUGUUAAAUUCACUCCGGUUAAGAAUCUUUGGCUUUGUGGUAUCACUUCAUGGGUACAGUAGACUCUCUGUUAACGGACACCUCUAUAAGACGGACACCUCUGUAAAACGGACACUUAGAGUUGGUCCCUGCCUUUCUUCACUCCAUUUAUUUGACUCGCUACAAGACUGACACCUCUCUAAGACGGACACUUAGUGCCGGUCCCAAAGGUGUCCGUCUUAGAGAGAGUUGAAUGUAUAUUCUUUUCAAUUUAUGCAGGUUAAGAGAGGAACAACCGUUUAAGAAAGACUUACGAGUUCUUCUGUUUAAUAACAAAGACCCAGCACAAGUAGAAUUUUGUAGGACCUUAGAACAAACAGGGAGAACUCCGUUGUGUAAAUUGCUCUUAAAAAUUCCCACUCAGAGCACUGAUCAUACGGUAAGUUGUACUAGUCAUUUGGGGCUUAGGAAUUUGAACAGAUUCGGGCUCCUGUAAAUUGUAAAAUAUAAUUUGAUCUUAUAGAAUUUUAUUUCAAACAGCAGCCGCGAAAAAAUAAGAACUUUGUUAAAAUCUUUGUAGCAAAAAGGCUGUGAAUGUUGUGCAGGGCUAUCAAUAUUAUCCAAAAUUUCAGGAUUGGUUGUUUCGAAACGAUCAGUUUGUACCGUAAGCCAUACGAAAAUUGCCACUGUACAUCUGAAGUACAAAACCCAUCACCUCGUUGCCUACAGUAUAAAGGCACUUGGCCAUUGCACUGAUUUGGUGGACGUCGCGCACACACAAAAACUACUCUUGUUUAGAAGCGCAGUAAUUCUAUUUCAAAACUAAGCGAAAUGUAUAUGCUUAUAAUAACUAAUGCUUCCUUGAAUUGACCACGUAUUGCGAAAUCAACGGUGGGAAAAAUUUUUAAUUUGGAGCAGAGUUCGGAAAGUAGAAACGAAUAUUUUUGCAAAUGAUAUUCCGCGUGGGAAAGGAAUUAGCUUAUCUGGGUAGCAGUUCCCUCUUUCUUCCAGUUUUCCUUGUUUGCCCUUUAAAGUCUCAUAUUCCUGGUCCUCCUUCCUAAUACUGUAAAGCAUAAAGAUUAAAAGCAACGAAUUUUUCCAGUUCUCUUACUUAAUAUAUUAGCUUGUUGUCUUUGCAGCCGCUGUGUGCCACGCCACUUUUAUAGGGAUGAGGUUCCGAUAGACAGUGCAAAACCAUUAACUAAAAUUAUAUUUUGUCCAGGCAAAUUAAGUUCAUAUGAUGUUAAUCGUUCCUACUCUUUUUACGUUUAAAUUUGCCAAUCUUAAUGCAGUACUUCUUUUGUCUUUCUGUAGGUCAGCACAAUUGACAGAGCGUCAAUUUCUUUUGAUAGAAGACCUUUAAGAGUGACUCUUUUGGGAGACGAAUGGGGAUCCUCAAAGGGCGGUUUGUCUACGCUGAACAGAGAACUAGCAAAGCACCUGGCACGUCAGCCUGAUGUAGAGGUAGACGUUCUACUGCUACGUUACGAUGAAAAAGAGAAGCGGGAAGCUCAUGAAUUUAAUGUGCGUCUUGCCACACCAGACGUGAAGGCCACGUCUGAUCGCAUCAUGAAAUUGUGUUUUCCUUCUGAUGAUCUCAAUAUUGACGUCGUUAUAGGCCAUGGUCAGAAGCUCGGAGUACCAGCCCAGGUCAUAGCAGAACAGCGCAGGUGCAAACGAGUUCAUAUGGUACACACUGCCAGUGAAGAGCUUGCAAUGUUUAAGGAAGGCGAAACAGCGAUUCCUGAAGGCGAGGAAAAACAACGAACUGAAAUAGAUUUGUGUAAGGAAGCUGAUUUGGUCGUGGCCGUUGGACCAAAGCUAAAGGAAGCUGUCUCAGCCAAACUUCGGUUGUACGGCAGAGAUGAAGAUGUGAUGGAUAUCACACCUGGAAUUUUUUCGGAGUUCGCAGAGUCGAAGCAAGCCAGUCAGGAGAGAGAAGAGUUCCGCAUCUUAGUGUUUGGUCGGGGUGACUCGAAAGAUUUUAAACUAAAGGGUUACGAUAUAGCUGCUAAAGCUAUAGCAGGCUUAAAGGACAAAACCUACCGUCUAAAAUUUGUCGGGGCGCCAAAUGGGAAAGAAAAAGAGGUAACAGACGAAUUUUUGAAAUGUGGCAUUCCUUCUUCUCAGCUAAUUGUGCAGGGCUUUGUUAAGAGUCGCGACACACUUAAGCUUUUCUUUUUCGAGGCGGAUCUCGCUGUUAUGCCGUCUCGAACGGAAGGCUUUGGCCUCACCGCUCUUGAAGCACUUUCCGCUGGACUUCCGAUUUUGGUGAGCGAAAAUUCGGGACUCGGAAAAGCUAUUCAAACUAUUCCUUUUGGAAGGGCAUUUUUGGUUGAUUCUGACAAUGCCGAAGAAUGGGGCAAAGCUAUUAGUCGCGUUAGGCAAACGCCAAGGGAAAUCCGGCUAAAGGAAGCAAGCUCUCUCCGAGAGGCCUACGACAAAAAGUACAAGUGGGAGACAGAAUGUGAGAAGCUUGUAAAAAAAAUGCGAGCUUCUUUUUUAAUUCACUCUGGGUCUAAAAACUUUAGUGGUGUGUUUCGUCGUUUCUUAUCCGUUUAA